AUGUCGGAUUCUAUUUACACACAUGAUUUUCUUCUAGAAUCUGGUGUAGAGGUAAAACAGGAAUCGACGUUCGAGCUCGGACCUAUGUCGGCGUCCGUGCCGAUUCCACAGCGACGUACAGAACUUGGUGAUUUUAAUACAGAUCUUGAUAUGUGCCUCCAAGAUAAUCUAGGGGGUUUGUUUCACAGUGUACCAACUAUGCAGUAUAACAAAUUAGCCUUUGAAGUAGAAAACACAUCUAAAAUGGAAAGUUUCAAAAUGGAAGAUGAUGACAUUUUUCAAGUUGAUAAAGCUGAUCUUAUACUGGGGCCAACACUUGCAGAAUUAAAUGCCAAUCCAGACACAUUACUGGAUGAUCUUAAUUUUGAUGACCUACUCUUGCCAGAAGAAAGUGAAUAUUGUAUUCAAAUUGGAGGAGCUAUCAGUGGUUCUCGUCGAACAAUAAAUACAUUGCAAACAACUAGUCUUCAGCCGGCAGAAAGUCCUUGUAGUCCAUACAGUCGAUCACAACUAGCUUUUUCACCAUCAAGCCAGCAUAGUUCGGCUUCUUCCAGCAUUGCUCAGCCAAAUAAUCAAAUGUCAGAACUUCUCUUUAAAAUGGAUGGCUACAGUGGUGAAAUAGCCCUUGGGCAAUCGGUUCCAGCAUCUACAAUUUUACCACCAUUUCCAACUUCUGUAAAAUCUCAGCAAUCACAACUUUCUUCUUCUGCACCAACUCAUCUCACAAUGGAGCAGAUAUGGCAACGCCGAGAACCACGAAAGCACUUGCUUUCUACUAGUUCCUUGGCAGAGGCUGGAUCUGCUUCUUCUCUUUCUGGUAGUCUGCUUAGCCCUGGAAAUGGUGAAUUUUCUCAAGACGAAGAAGAUAGAGAUGCAGAAUCUGAUGAAGACAGUGAUAGAUAUGAAGAUUUUUCUUCCGAUGAAUCCAAUGACGAAUGUUCUGAAAAUAAACAUGCUCGCAGUCACUCAAAAAAAGAGAGAUACUUCUGGCAGUACAAUGUCCAAGCCAAAGGUCCAAAAGGUCAACGACUGAUCUUAAAAAAGAAAUCGGAAGAUCCCCAUGUAUUAAAUAUAGUCACUGAUCCUGUCUUUAGCCCAAGCUGCAGCGUCCGGGGUAUUAAACACAGUGGUAAAGCAAGAAAAGGCGAUGGUAAUGAUUUAACACCGAAUCCAAGAAAAUUAUACUUGAUAGGUCUUGAACUGGAUAAUUUGGGAAAAAUUAUUAACGAUAUGAUACCCGUUAGUGAGCUACCCUUUAAUGCAAGACCUAAAACAAGGAAAGAGAAAAAUAAAUUAGCUUCAAGAGCUUGCAGGUUAAAGAAAAAAGCACAACAUGAAGCAAACAAAUUGAAACUGUAUGGCUUGCAGCAAGAGCACAAGCGUCUAUUGAAUGGAAUAACACAAAUGAAACAAAUAUUAAGCAAUAGAGUAACAAAUCCAGAAAACAACGUUGACUGGUCCUCACAUAUCAAAAAUAUAAUAAACACAGCUACAGAAGUUAAAAUAGCUGGCCAUACCUCAGAGUUUGUUAACAAAAUACUUGACAAUGUCAAAGGAGGACAAAACAAUGGUGGACUAAAUGACGUGUAA